AUAAAUCAUGUGCUCUUCAAACAAUGUUGUCAUUCCCAAGCCGAACGCGUUUACGGCUUGUUUCACUUUUACAAACUUACACAAAACUGCAUUAACUGAGGAUAAUUCUCCUUUAAUACUGCAGUUUUAUACGCAAGGCAUAAAAACCAAACUUUAAAAUCGUCCGGGGCUACAAAUCGUCAAGAUGAUUCGACGAAGAUGUUCCGAUUUGUUCCAAUUUAUAAAACAACAUUUGAUUCUAUUCUUGAUUCUCGUCGGCGUUCUUUGCGGAUUUUUGCUCGGCGCUUUGCUGCACAGUACAGUACAGUCGUCCACGGAUCCACCACCUAAGGAAUUUGCUAUGUUGCUGUCUUUUCCAGGCGAAAUUUUGAUACGAAUUUUGAAGUUACUCGUGUUGCCUUUGAUCAUUUCGAGUGUUCUUUUGGCCGUGGCUGAACUAGACGCAAAACAGAGCGGGAAGCUUGGCAAACGGACACUAUUGUACUAUUUAACAACCACAAUUUUAGCCGCUAUCUUGGGAAUUGUCCUUGUUGUCAGUAUUAAACCGGGCGAAGCGAAUGUGAAACAUACAAAGCCUGAUGAAGGCAAUAUUGAACCGCUCGAUUCCAUUCUGGAUUUAAUCAGGUGAGGUUUUUGAAGCCUUAACUGUCAUGUCAGGAAUGCAGACAAAAAGAUUAUAGAAAACACGUCCACUUCUGAUCGUUUCAGCACACAAACACACGUUUGGAAAUAUUUCAAAUUUAUUAAAGCUAUUACCAUUUCCGUUUUACAACCAAUUUAAUUUAAGCUUGACAAUUUUACUAAUGAAAGAUGGUUUAAUAUUUAUAGCCACUGGUAUUACAGUUUUAUAUUAAAUAGCCAACUGGCUUGACUCCCUUAUAAAUAUUUUCGAUACAUUUGACACCUCGAUAUUUUGAGGAAAUUAAUUGUUCAUUUUUUACUGCCUACGCCACGUUUACAUAGGAUUAAAUUAAUCAUAUGUCCACUGUAUUGGUGAUGUUUUCACGGAUAUAAAUCCUCGUUGCUUAAGCUUUCGGUUAUAUAACCCUUGCCACUCGCACAACAUUCAACAACAUAUUUAUGUGCAAUUAAUGGGGUGAUCUAUUAUUCUCGAUUUUCAAUCACUUUUCAAAGCGCGAUUCCCAAGUUUGUUCGUGAAUAUAUUCCCAAUUACGUUUCUAAAUUUACAAUAUUGGUCUUGGCAAGUUGUUUACUGAAAUACCAAAGUAUUCAAACAACAUAAACUCGUCAUUUUCAGUGUUUUACUAAUAUAGCUAGCAUAUUUGACAAAUUAUUUUUAAGCAGUAUAGUAGUCCCUAUUCCGGUGCAAAAGCGAAGUUAUUUUUCUUCACAGCAUGCAAUUUCUGGGUUGUGUGGAAUUUUGUUUACCCAACCUUGAAUAACACUAUUAAAUUUGUGGAAACACUCAUAUCCAUUUCUAGCAUAUGGUUGAUUGCGCUGUUCUUGCGGUGUUGGGUUUCCAGGAAAACAGCUAAUCAGCUUGGGUGUCAAAGCUUCUAGCAUUUUCAACAAAAUUGUCUAAAUUUCUGACAAUUAAGGGUCACGUCCAUAUUCAUGUUGCCAUGCAUAACGUCGAAUCGACGUUAACACUCAAAACCCACCCACCCACCCUAAAUAACGUCGAACGUGGCAGUCACAUUCUUCAAAACUUUCACAAAAUUUUCAUUUUGCCACGAGAUUAUCGAUAUAAGUCGAGAGAAUUAAGAUAAACCCACCCACCCACUCAUAACGUUGAUUCGACGUUAUGCGUGGCAAUAUGAAUAUGGACGUGACCCCUAAAUACUAUAAAAUAAAAUCUCUUUAAUGCUCAGUAGCAUCUCUUUAAUGUGAUUUACACUGUGCAACUUUUGCCUAAAACUGUUGCAUGCAACCUGCUUAUACUGUCACAUGUAAGUUGUACUGUGUAAAUCAAGCAGUCACAACUCACCUACAACAGGGUAGGCAAGUUGUGUGCUUGAUUUACACAGCACAACAUAAAUUGUACUGUGUGUGAAUCGAAUACAUGACUCACCUACGUUGUUGUAGGUGAGUUGUUUGUUUGAUUUACACAGUGCAACUCAAGUUGCAAGCCAGUCUUAGGCAAAAGCUGCGUAGUGUAAGUCUGCCUUUAUGACCAAAUUUAUCCCUUCAAUGUAAUUUUAAUCCCAGUCGCAAAACCCAAAUCUUAAAAUGUGAAUAUUAUUCAUUGGGUAUUAAAAGCUUCAGUCUAUUGCUUAGCACACUAAUAUUUACAGGAAGUCCUGAGCUAACAGAUUCAAACCUUUGCCAAAUAGAUUAGACCAGAAAAAAUACCUCUAAGCAAACUUUCAAACAGUUUAUUUACAGUGAAAAUAUGGAGCAAUAGAAUGUCUUGAAAUCAACAGGUGUGCAGAAAUAUGGAAACUGAAGCAGUGCAUGGGUUAGGGCAAAGAAAACUGUUGGUUUCAGAUUUUUGACCAACCUGUUAAAUUAAUAACAAACAUUUUAUAGACAUAAUUGGAAAAAUCUCCCUCUCACAGAAAUAUACAAAAAUAUGCAGGGUUUUUUGUUAAACACAAAAAACCCUGCAUAUUUUUGUAUAUUUCUGUGAGAGGGAAAUUUUUACAUUUUGUUCAUUUUAACUAAUCAUGUCUGGUUGUUUUCAACUGCAUGGAAUCUUUGUGUUUGAGUGCCAGCAUUCUCCCCUUGAUGAGUAAAAUUGUCUGGUGUUAGACAGAGUAAAAUAAUGAAAUAGGGUGCAAUGUGCAGCUUAAUUUAAUUGGGCACAUUUUCAAAUUGUGUGGUCAACACAUUGAAUGGACUGUGCUGACAACCCUUGACAAGUAAAAUGGUUUGGCAUUAGGCAGAGUAAAAUGUAGGACACAGCAUGGUCAAAUGGUCAAUUUUUAACUGUGCCUUUGGGCUACCUGUAGUACUAAUUGGUGCCCAAAUGAAAAAAACACGGUUUAAUUCCAUGAAUGAUUAGUUUUCAACAUGGUUUCAAAAUACUGUAGCCAGGACUUUUCUUCAUUUUCUAGAAUUUACAAUAUGUAUCAUCGGAAUAAUUCAUCAUCUGGGGCAAUUAAAGCAGCAUAUUUUCAGAAAUACAAUCUUGAUCCCAACUUGAGCUCUUAAUCCCCAUGAGGCUAUUAAUUAAUCACUCUAUGGAAAUUCAUUGUCAUCUGUCAACAUGUCGCUUGAUAAUGUUAACAUAUAUUGAAGGUCAAGGGCUCAUUAUUUUGAAUCAUUAAAGUCCAUUAAAAUGCAUAUAUCUAGUACCUUUAUAUAAAGAACAUUGUAAAUGGUGCUGGAUCCCUAAUUUAGGGGCCCAUAAUUUUGAAUUCAUUAAUACAAAAACUAUCAAAACAUGCAUAUAUCUAGUUCCUUAGUAACUGUGACUGUCUUGUAUGUAUGCAUUAUAUAAAGAACAUUGUAAAUGGUGAUUGAACCCCUAAUUUAGCGGCCCAUAAUUUUGAAUUCAUUAAUACAAAAACUGUCAAAAUAUGCAUAUAUCUAGUUCCUUAGUAACUGUGACUGUCUUGUAUGUAUGCAUGAUAAGAACAUUGUCAUUGUGAAUGAUGCUGAACCCCUAAAGGCUAUAAAAUUCAAUUAUUUUUAUCAAAACACCAAUUAUAUCACAAGUUUUAUUCAUCAUGAUUUUAAUGAGCAAUCAAUUCUGUUAUAAAUAUCACAUGAUUUUAUAGUUAAGAGAGGCUCACUCGUUUUGAAUACAGGUAGUGGUAACAAAAAAUUCAGGUAGAUAUGAAACAGCAUUGAAGAUUUUAUUAUCUCUGCAUGCAUGAUCACCUUGCCAUUCGUGUGCUGCUGGUAAAGUUUUUAAUUUGACCAUUUUAUAUGGGAGUUUUAGUUGUAACUAUCAAAUUAAUGUUUUUUUUUAAUCUUGAUUUUAAAUAGGAAUUUGUUCCCUGACAAUUUGGUGGAUGCAGCUUUUACUUCAGUAAGAAAUAAACUAUUGUUUACUUUCUCGUGUGUAUGGUCAACAAGUUUUCCUGGACAAAUUUUGUUGCUUUUUUUCUCACGUCUGAGACCACCUUCUGUUUCCCAAAACCAUAGAAAUAUUUCUUGUACAUUUGUAAAGUUUUCCUUGGCCGCCGUAUACACGAACAAAUUUUCUUUGUCAAUUUUUUGCUGUUGUUAAAAGAACUUGGUAAAAUAUAAAACCGCAUUUAUUUUCUAUAGGUGAAAACCAAAUACAAAGAAAUCCCCACGAACUACAGUUUUGAAGAAACGAAAAUUGGAUCGAACUCAUCAGCGGAGGACAUGUAUAAAAUUGUGGGUUCUAAGAAAUUGAAUCCAUGGAUGUUCUUCAAGGGUAGAAAUGCGACGGAAAUUCUAAUGAAAGUAAAAUACGAGUACGAUGGCAUUGCGAAGGUCCCGGGCACGAAUAUGCUGGGUUUGAUCAUGUUUUCUGUGGUGUUUGGGUACAUUUUGGGAAGAAUGGGAGAAGUGGGACAACCUAUGGUUGUGUUUUUUAGAAUUUUAUUAGACGUCACUAUGAAUAUGGUUACGUUGGCUAUUUGGUAAGAUAUUCAGCUCAACAACUAAUGCGUAUUUUCAGCGUGCGAUAAAUUGCGUACUUGCGUACCAGAGCCAAUAUUACGGUGUGGUACUAGUUCUUUGUUUCUUACUUUUUGCUGGUACCAUAGGACCUUACCAAGCCCAAGAUAUUCAAUACCGUAUAUAGGUGCGUCUGACAUGUCUUGACAUGAGACACUGAUAGGAAUGUUGGAACCAAUUCUAGUAUUGGUGUAUACAAUUGUCGUCUUUCUCACAAGGCCAUAAACUAGACGCAACACUUGGGGGGGGGGGGGGGGGGGAAUUUGGUUCUGCCCUACUGAUUUCUUUUGAAAGCGAUUGUUUUUACGGUAUGUAAACAACAUGAAUAUAUGAAUAUGCCCCCCCCCCCCCCAAUUAUCGCGUCUAGUUACGACCCUGCCUUCUCGUUCUAAGUUGUAGUUUCAGGUUGCCGAAUGAAUACCUUUCAGAAACCUGGGGCGGGUUGUAUAAAAAAGUGAUUAAAGUUAACUAUAGUUAGUGGAAACGUCAUCCAAUAAGAAGCGCGUAUUUGAGAGUUAAGCCCGUUCUCCACUAGGCGAAUUUAUUCGCGCGAACAGAUAAAAAGUAGGAAGCGAUCCUACUUUUUCGCCGCGAAUUUUUUCGCCGACCAAUCACGUGGCCGGAUUUCGGUUUUCGCUUCGCGUCGCGCGAACAAAUUCGCGUAGUGGAGAACGGGCUUAAAUCACUAUUUAACUACAAAAUAGUGAUUAAAAAAGUGAUUAAGAGUUUUAUACAACCGGCCCUUGUACUUUAUGUACAUCAUUUUGAAGACUAAGUACACCUUGAGUCUUAAGUUUGUACCAGUUCAAGUACACGGCAAUAAUCAUUACAGUACCCAUCAGGUACGACUAAAAAUCUCGAAUUAUCGCACCUGGUAUUUUUACCUACUGGUCAUAUUGCUACCUUAAUAUUCACUGGCAUAUAAUUUCAAUGCAUUGUUAGUUCUAGUUUAAGAAUAAAAAUUUUAACUGGAGUGUGUAAAGGCACUGUAAACCAUAAUGAUUUCAAAUGUCCUUUAUUUCUAGGAUUUCUCCUAUAGGUAUUUGCUUCUUAGUAGCUGGGGCAAUUGUGAACGCCAAAGAUAUUGGCGACGUCUUCGAAUCGUUGGCACUCUACAUUGUAACAUGUAUUACCGGUCUAAUCAUUCAUUCUUUCGUUGUCUAUCCCUCGUUGUAUUUCAUAUUUACGAGAAAAAGUCCGUUCAAGUUUUUUUCUGGAAUGAUCGAACCUGCUGUUACUGCAUUUGGCACUUCGUCAAGGUACGUCAUUUGUACCCAGGAAAAUUCCGCUGUUGAGCGCGGCCGGAAAAUCCUCCAUCUUAGAAGGGGAACUGGGCAGAAUUGUAGUAUAGUAAUACUAAUAGCUUUUUAUUUGAGCAAAUCGUAGUCUAAGACUAAAUUAAAUUUACCCAUUACAAUGUUACUUUAGAAAGGUAAAAAGGGAAACAACUACAAGCAUUAAAACUAAGAAUAUAUACUGAAUUAUGAUUUGUGUGUGUGUGUUUUGAUGUUAUGUACUCAGGUGAAUCUCUCAGUUGGUUAAAGCCAUAGAUAUCUUCACUCACUAGAUAGUGCAUCUAAUUAUUCUGCAAUUCAAAAAUUGAAGCCGUGAUUGCCGACUCAGGAUAUUCCCAUGAAAUAAGAAGAUUGGUAUGUUUUCUAUUUCUUAAGCAGGGAACUUAAACAUUAAGUUAAACCUAUUCCAAAUACAUUUUUAAACUAUUCAAAUGAUGAAAGUUAUUGUUGUUUUUUAAGCGUUUAUUAGCGAGUGGGAACUACCAACAUGGCCGCCAUCUAUUCAAAUGGGGGUAACCGCUGGAAUAUUCUUGGCUUCAAUUUUACUAAAAGAGAUGCGCUAUCUAGUGUAUAUAAGAUAUCUAUGAUCAGAGUGCUGCACCGGAAUCGCUGGUUCAAUUCCUGCAAGAGGGCCUGAUAGUUUCAUUUUUCACAACUGCUCCUGUUAGGUAUAAGAAAUGUAUAAAGACUCGAAAUUUCCAUAAAUCUGAUAAAGUACUCCGGCUCGUGUUUUAAAUAGUACUUAAUGGUAUAUUUUAAUUUCUUGUGUCUGCGAGCCAUGUUUCCUGAUAAUACUGACAAUUUAUAACAUCAUCAUUUUUAGCGCUGCCACUCUGCCAGUUACAAUAACAUGUAUGGAAAAAAAUAACAAAAUUAGUCCAAAAAUCACAAGAUUUGUCCUACCUGUGGGAGCAACCCUCAAUAUGGAUGGCGGGGCUUUGUACGAGGCUAUCACAGCAAUCUAUGUCGCACAGUUGAACAAUUAUGAACUAACAUUUGGAAGGAUUUUAUUAAUUUGGUAAGUAAUGGUUUUUGAAUGUUGUAUGGUGUUAUAUUGUGCUAUGUAGCGUUUGUUACAUAGUGUUACACGCUGUUAAACAGUAUUACACGCGUAAAAUAUCACAACUUGUCAACAAGAUGUGUUCGCACUGCUUGUUCCCAGUUGUUGAUAAGGUUGAUGAGGCCAACAGACCCGCAACAAGUUGUUCCAACAAGUCCGAUAUCGUCUGCACGUAACAAGUUGUUAACAAGUUUAUGACAACAAGCUCGUAGCAACUUGUUACGAACAGCCUGUAUUAGUCUUGUUGGAACAAGAAAGUCUGUUACAGUCAUCAACCUUUUAACAAGGUGAUAACAACUUGUUCCAGACUUGUCACAACAACUGGGAACAAGCAGUGCGAACACAUCCUGAUAUCGGCUUGACAACAACCUUGUUACAACUUGUUUGCAGAUCUCUAACAACUUGUGCGAUUUUUUACAUGGUGUUACACAUUGUUCUAUGGUGUUUGUUACACAUUGUUCUAUGGUGUUUGUUACACACUGUUCUAUGGUGUUUGUUACACAUUGUUCUAUGGUGUUUGUUACACAUUGUUCUAUGGUGUUUGUUACACAUUGUUCUAUGGUGUUUGUUACACACUGUUCUAUGGUGUUUGUUACACAUUGUUCUAUGGUGUUUGUUACACAUUGUUCUAUGGUGUUUGUUACACAUUGUUUUAUGGUGUUUGUUACACACUGUUCUAUGGUGUUUGUUACACACUGUUCUAUGGUGUUUGUUACACAUUGUUCUAUGGUGUUUGUUACACACUGUUCUAUGGUGUUUGUUACACACUGUUCUAUGGUGUUUGUUACACACUGUUCUAUGGUGUUUGUUACACACUGAUCUAUGGUGUUUGUUACACACUGUUCUAUGGUGUUUGUUACACACUGUUCUAUGGUGUUUGUUACACACUGUUCUAUGGUGUUUGUUACACACUGUUCUAUGGUGUUUGUUACACACUGUUCUAUGGUGUUUGUUACACACUGAUCUAUGGUGUUUGUUACACACUGUUCUAUGGUGUUUGUUACACACUGUUCUAUGGUGUUUGUUACACACUGUUCUAUGGUGUUUGUUACACACUGUUCUAUGGUGUUUGUUACACACUGUUCUAUGGUGUUUGUUACACACUGUUCUAUGGUGUUUGUUACACACUGUUCUAUGGUGUUUGUUACACACUGUUCUAUGGUGUUUGUUACACACUGUUCUAUGGUGUUUGUUACACACUGUUCUAUGGUGUUUGUUACACACUAUCUUAAAAAGUUGCAAGCAUGUUAGACUCCUUAGUUGAUGUUUCGAGUGUGUCAAGCGUGUAAUGUUUGUGCUUGGAAAUCUGUGUGUGUUAAAUGUAAAAGGACUAGGUCCCUUGAUGGUGUUUUAAACUGUUGUUAGUUGUCAGUUUAGCCGUUUUGUAAUUUUGUUGUUCCACUUAGAUUAUUUCGUUAGUCAAUUAUUUGAUCGUAAUUUUUAUGUAAAUAAUUAAUGGUCGCCAUAGUUGGGGAAACCUGUGGCGAACUCCAUGGCAGUACAUUGUUGUAUUUUUAGUUGCAGACUCUUAUUAAAUCUUAAAUCUUUUAUGCUGUUUAGUAUCGUAGCCACGCUUGUUUCCAUGGGAGCUGCCGGAGUCCCUGCUGGGGGUCUAGUGUAUGUUAUUGUUGUGUUAGAAGCUUGUGGCUUGCCCACAGAUGAUAUUGGACCGAUACUGGCCAUUGAAUGGUUCUUGUAAGUAUUCUUGCUGCAUAUUAGCGACCUGAAGCCUGCCAGUUGAGUACCUAGUUCAGCAUGUUUCUCUCGUGCGCAGAUAGUUUUUUUGAGGGUUUAACUCUCGUGGCCUUGAGGAAAAUAUCUAUCGUGAUUGAUAUUUUUCAUCUCGCGAGGAAAAAAUCUCAACGUCUGCGGAUGUUGCGAGCUUAGUGCUGAGCCGCUUGGAUUAACUACACGCGUAAAAAUCAUCAUGUUGAUGCAAGUUGUUCAAAACAGGAGCGAACAAUGUUGUGCUGCACCCGUGAACAAUAUUGUUAACAAGUUGUUGAACCAUCGACAUUGUUGCAACUUGUUGACAAUCAUGUUAACAACUUGCAACAGCACUGAUGGUUGAACAACUUGUUAACAAUAUUGUUCACGGGGUGCAGCACAACAUUGUUCGCUACUGUUUGAACAACGCCGAACAACCUGAUCAAUUUUUACCCGUGUAGCCAAUGAGAAACCAUGAUUUCCUCACGUGACUUUGGUCAAAAUGGCGACGAGGGAAAUGUAAACUCUCACACAAACAAUGCUCGGUAAAAAUGUAUAGCUGUACUAUAAACCAUCAGGCCCAUUGUAUAUAGCCCUGUAUUUAAAGCCAAAUAAAUUACGUGUGUUUUAAAAUUUGUGAAGUUAACUACCAAUAGAAAGUAAUGAUAAAGUAUUUCGCGUUUCACCAUGUUUGAACUUUGUAUUUUUCAGAGAUCGUGUUCGUACGGCAGUAAAUGUGAUGGGAGAUUGUUAUUGCGCUGGCGUCAUGUCACACUGGUUUCAAGACGAGUUUGAACAUGGCAGUCCAGACGAGACAGAAAUAGUUAUUAAUAAUCACAACAAAUCUGAACAGACGUCAUUUUAGAACUUCACUCACUUGUGAAUUUUCAAUCACCCCAUAUAUAGUCAAUCAAGAUAUGCCACUGAGCUCCAUAUAUAUACCUGGAGUGAGAACUCGAGUAUAAAAAGUGAAGCUAAAGAUGGACGUCAGUUUUUAUUGUUUUUGUCUGCACGGUCUGCAAGGAGUGUGCCGAAUUUUCGUAUUUUGACUUCGAUUUAAAGAAUACUUUGGUUUUAUGAACUGACAACUUGUUUAGCGAUACGGUCCGUUAGGAAAAAAACUGGAAUUUGCUUGGGAAAAUGGUAUUAGAACUAUGUACGACCUUCAUAGCUACUGGACGUCACCAUUGAACUAUAAAUAAACUGGAAGGCUAACUCAGGGGGGGAAAUUGAAGCCAGUGCAUUUUAGUUUUUCUGAGUUAUGAGCAGAAAUACUCAACACUGAACGUUGGGCUAUAUACCAAAUUGAAGCUAUUGAAAAACGCUAUUUGGUGUAGAAAUUUCAAGACUUUAGCUAAAAGGGAAAUAUUGAAAAACUACAAACAUAAUUACCGAUAAUUUGCCGUUUUGCAGUUGUUUUUGUAUUUUUUUAAUAUUUUUCUUUUCGCUGAAGUCUUGAAAUUUCCACACCGAAUAGCAAUUUUCAAUAGCUUCAAUUUGAUAUAUAGCCCGACGUUUGGGGUCAAGUAUUUCUGCUCAUAACUCAGAAAAACUAUUUUGGCUUCAUCAAAUCAUAGGCCUUCAUCAUAGCAGUUAGCCUUCCAGUUUAUUUAUAGUUCAAUGGACGUCACUGGCCGCCAUCUUGGCUUCACUUUUCUUAUGGGCUGAAUGACUAAGUUCUCGCUCCAGAUAUAUAUAUAGAGAGCUCAGUGCGAUAUACUCUCUACUCUGCUGAAGUCCUUGUUGUGUAUUUUUCUUCAUAUUUUAUGCAAGCUUGUCUGUGACGAAGCCAAUUAAUUUUUACAUAUGGUCGUUGUUGUUGUUAUUUUUAUUGACACUCCCCUCAGUCGUAUUGUUGAAAUAUCAAUAAGCACAAAAUUUCAAAUGAUGGUGAAGUCCUACAUUGUUUCCUAGCCAUGUUUCCCGAAGAUGGACAAACCAGGAAACAUUGUUUCCUAGCCAUGUUUCCUGAAGGUGGACAAACCAGGUCCUUACAUUGUUUCCUAGCCAUGUUUCCCGAAGAUGGACAAACCAGGAAACAUUGUUUCCUAGCCAUGUUUCCUGAAGGUGGACAAACCAGGAAACAUUGUUUCCUAGCCAUGUUUCCUGAAGGUGGACAAACCAAGAAACAUUUUUCCUAACCAUGUUUCCUGAAGAUGGACAAACCAGGAAACAUUUUUCCUAGCCAUGUUUGCUGAAGGUGGACAAACCAGGAAACAUUUUUCCUAGCCAUGUUUCCUGAAGGUGGACAAACCAGGAAACAUUGUUUCCUAGCCAUGUUUCAAACCAGGAAACAUUGUUUUAGUCAUAUUUGCUGAAGGUGGACAAACCAGGAAACAUUGUUUCCUAGCCAUGUUUCAAACAGGAAACAUUGUUUUUAGCCAUGUUUCCCCGAAGAUGGGCAAACCAGGAAACAUUGUUUCCACAACAAUCACAAUUAGGAAAAUUAAAAAAAUUAAAGCAUCACAAUUUUACACUAUAUAUAUACAUAUAUUCAUUUUCUUAUAAAUCGCCAUUUACAGCAAUUAUUUUACAUAAAAUCUUAUCUUUUAAUUACAAAAUAUAUUUAACAUAUAUAAAAGUCAAAACUGAACAGUUUGUAAAGGCAAUGGAGGCCUGGCUCCCUCUGAUGUCCAAGACUGACCUCGCGUCGGCAAUUGUUGUUGAGAGGAAAAUAUGCUUGGCAGUCUGAAAACAAAGAUGCAUUUUAGUUUUACAGUAAUUGCAGUUUAUUUUUAAAUGCAUUUAGUCUACUCGAUUAACCAAUCAAAUUAGUAUUAG